CCUGAUGAUGGUAGGUGUUGAUCCUGCAGCAAACGGAGAAAAACGAUUGGCAGUGUCAGGAUAUGAAAAUAGGUUGGUUGACAUCUAAUUGACAAUCAAACCUCUCCGUGUUCUCAUUGGGCAAUCUUCAUUACAAGUGAAAGUGUGUCACACAGCAAGAGGACAGACCGCUGGUAUUGUAGAACAGAAGCAGCUGGAACCUUGCGCUGCCGAGCCUGACAUGGUUCACUUGUGUGUGUCCAUAUCAGACGAUGGUCUCAGAAUCGAGUCUAUAAAAAAAGAAUCGCCCAAUCCUACACGAAGAAGGGGGAAGACAAGUAAAAUGGCCACCAUGCAAAGACAACCACGAUCCAGAAUGGUGUCGACUCGACAGGAUCGUGGCUCUUGUUCUUCGACCGCAUCUUGCCCCGUAUUUUCUGGACCUUACAGUGACCAGGAAGAAGAACCUACGCUGCGUCGCCAGUCAUCUCCUUUACUGAAAGGUUCUCUUUCAAGCCUGCACAAUGCCACCAAACCAAGCCACAAAAGAUCAUCAUCUAGCAUCCAGGGUUCUGUCACCUCUCUUCAAGGAUCACUACCAACUCUCCAGGGAUCAAACUUUCACUUCUCUUUACCAAAGCUGAAGGGAUCCAUUUCUCGGUUGAGGAGGCAAUCACUAGGUGCCUUGGACAACUCCAGCCCAGGCCCAAGCGAGCGUAGCACCAGUCCAAGUCUACACAGCGUCAUCGGCAGCUCAAGUGAUGAUGACGGCAGUUGGGACACCAAUAGUUGGAGUUCAGGGGCUACCUGCCUCCUCAGGACAUCUGCUAAGCAAGAGAGCACAGAGACAUCGGAGGAGUCAAGAGGAAUAGCUCGUAAAACAGAUCAGAAAUCCACUGGUGCAGUGGUAGAACCUGAAAUUAUUUACCAAAAUCUCAUUUUCACGCAUCCUACCCCUAAAACAGAAACUAAACGUGCUUCGGAGAGCACUGCAACGGUGCAGAAGAAAGAUGCAGGAAGUGCUACCUCAUCUUGCCCCAGCAAGGAUGCCUCCACAGUCCUUCAAGAGGACAAGAAGAAAGAGGACAGGCGCAAGUUCUCACAGUUUCUCAAUGAGGUGGCCGGCAGGGUGCUGAAAACUAACAGUGCUCCCUCACAACAGCAGCCCACCUUGCGACACCGCUUCCCAUCUCAUCCUACUCAAGCUCCACCACCACCACCACCAGCAACCCCGGUGUCGUUGCAUUCAAACCCAACAAACCUUCCAACGCCACCACCAAACACUAACUUGUGGUACACCCCAACAACCAACCUGCAGACCAUCAAUGAACAUGAUCCGAAGGAUAUCACCAGCGCCUUCCACCAAUGGAGCAAGACUUUGCCGAGCUGUAAGAUCAUAGAACCAGCGGACAUGAUGAGGAAAAUAAAAGGGGAGAGUCCCUCAUACCGAGAGCACGGCAUGGAACUGUGCACAAAGCUACAGUCGCAACCCUCCACCGGGAGACUGUAUAUGGAGACGGAUAUUGACAGAGUGAGGCAACUUGAUGAACUAGUGGACAAUGUUAGCCUGAUGCAAGAGAGGAAUAAGAAACAAGUGGAAAAGGGUCCAGAAGACAGAAGUCCUUGGGCAAACAAUGGAAUCUUGGGUGGAGAGAAAAGGAAGGAAAAUGUGAGGGAAAAAGAGGGACUGACAGAAAGAGGGAAGGAUAAGGAGAAGAAAGUCCCAGGUAACAAUUUUGAGCCUAAGUUGGCCUCCAGUGGAAGCAGUAACUCCUGUCCGGUAUUCAAGUGGCCAGAGGGAUUUCCAAGAAUGUCCUACAGGUCAAUCUCAUUACCCAGAGCUGUCAAUAUCACUGAUUCUGAUGGAGCGAUGCAACGUGACAUGAGUCAGAAUGAGAGGAGGCUUUUUCCAAAAUGCAUGCUGCUCUGGAGGGAUGCACAUGUGGCGGCGCGUCUGUUGCAGUGCUAUCUGCUGAACAUGAGGCGAAAGGCGUUUAGACGCUCUUUUCACGACCACAAGGAGGACCUACGCAAGCGCCUGUCCUACACCACACACAAGCUAGAGAUGGUGGAGACCGAGUUUGACUCCACCCGCCAGUACCUGGAGACGGAGUUGCGGCGGGCUCAGGAGGAACUGGAGAAGUUCACGGAAAAACUGCGCAGGAUCCAGAGUAGCUACGCAGCGCUGCAGAGGAUCAAUCAGGAUUUGGAGGACAAGAUGCACAGGACGUCUCAGCACCAUGAAGAGGAGAAGAGAGCACUCAGCCGGGAGAUCAUUGUCCUCAACAACCACCUUAUGGAGGCAAAGCUGACUAUAAAUAAACUCAAGGAGGACAACGACCUGUACAGGAAGGACUGCAACCUGGCCGCCCAGCUGCUACAGUGCUCCAAAUCUCAUUACAGAGCUCACAAGAUGUCUGAGCUGCCACUGGACUUUCAGGAGCGCAUCAGUUCCCACAUAGAGAAACAUAAUCAGAGCAGUGAAGCCACUGUGGCAAUGUGCCACUCCAAUUACUCUGAUGCCGUGCCCACAGCCAUCAUUGCCAAGGUCCUUGAAAAGCCUGAACCAGGAAACAGUUGCACCAUUACUCACUCCCCGAGCCCUCACCAGCAAGAUGGAGACUCUAUGACAGGAACAGGAACUAAUGAUCACUUCAACCGCCGCAUUGCGUACAAGACCUCUGACCUGUACUGCAGUGAUACGGCCCUCUACUGCCCCGAACGCUGGCAGGAUACAGAUCGCCGGCAGAGUAUCGACCUCCACGGUACCACUUUGCUCCAGCUUCAUGGCCAGAACUCCACUGACAGCAACCCAGAUGAGGAACCCUACGCCUCAGGGAGCUUCUCCCAUCAUGAGCCGACAUCGCCUUUCCACCACCAUGAAGAGUUCAGUGCCGGAAGCCUGCCCGCCUCCAGUUCCUACUCCAGUUUCAGCCUUGCCUCAGAUGAUAAAGGCGGAUUAGGGGGCGCACGCACAGCCAGUAGCACUUUAUCUACUUCCCACCAGGGUUUGUACAUUGACUGGCGGGAGGGUGGCAGUGGGGAGUAUGAACGUAAAAGCAUGUCUUCCUACGAUAAAGACAGCCCAGGUUUCCCUAAAUCCAACAGCAUUCAGCACAUAGUCACCUCCAGGAGCCCGAAGAAGGGCACCUCGCCAGCGUACACAAGGACAGCCUCUUGCUUCAGUGAACCGUACCACUCCAGCAGCCCUCGCCUAGCCUCCUCUCAAAGCAUGGGUUCUACAAGCGGCUUAGGUCAGCCACAGGGAAGAACUGUGGACAGCAGGGCUGACAUCCAUGUCCCGGAGGAUGACCUGAGUACCCGGUGGAGACAGCUGAGCGUGGAAGACAUAAACACAUUCUCAUCUUCCUAUCGUAACGUCACAGGAAGGGUAUCCCCGUACAGUUUCUCAGAAUGCCAUUACGCUGUGGGCCCCUCGAGCAAGGCCAAGGGAUCUCUCUACAGCAGCUUCCAAGAGGGAGAUGACGUCUUCCACAGCCACAUGCUAGACCAGUGUUUCGCCGUGGGUCCCCCUUCGCCCAGCCGCAGUGCCAAACUUCCACCUGUGGAGCUUCGCAAACAGAAAAAAUCUUCUGCGCUGUACAGAGCCAAGGACAGCAACCCAGACAGCUUGGUCCACUCAGGAAGUUCUAAAGACAAGGAAAGCAGUGGGGUAGGGACAGCGGCAGGCGGCAGCGGCAAGGACUACGUCAAUCUGAGUGCUGGAAGCUCGGCCGAGUCCUUACACCAAAGCUCCUUAGAAGCCUCCAGUCUUCAGCAUUACCCAAGCCCGAGGCCGAACAUCAGGCCUCGCCCAAGCUCCAGCUCAGCCCUCAGCGCUGUCGGCCCUGCGCUCCCGAAGAAGACCUCUCCAAGAUACCAAAAAUUUGGCAGCAUGGGGCUGACAAGGAAGGACAGUCUGACCAAGGCGCAGCUCUAUGGCACGCUGCUGAACUAAUGUGACGAGGAAGAGCUUGUCGUUUAUGCAUGAUGAUGAUUACUAGCCUUCUGUACUGUAUGUCUUAAACGUUCUCUGCAGCAUACUUGGUGUGACAAGGGUGUUUAAUGUUGUUUUAUGUAUCCCAGCCAAGGCAUGUUCAAUGCAGUCUGCGACACUUUUUUUCUAUUGUAUGUCAUAUUAAAAGUGUAGCAAGAGUACCAGAGACUCACUAUGGUGUAGCAACUCUGACUUUUCAGUUUAUUGAUAUUUAGAACCACUGGGAUGAAACCACCUUCAGCAAGACAGACCAUGGACAUACUGUGCUUUCACAUAGAACUUUGGUACAGUUAGUAAAACCAGCAAAACACCUAUUAUUACACCUAUGGUAUAACAGAAGCAUGACUUAAUCACUCAAUGUGGGAGCGAUAAUGUUAUCCUUCAUAUAAUAUGGGCCUACUUGACAACAUAAUCGCUAAUGCUAAAUGUUUAUCUUGUUGUAAGUGUAAAGCCAAUCAUCAAACUAUAUAUUCUUUUCUUCUUAAUUAUUAAAUCAGAACCUUCAACAUAUUGAUAAAUUGUUAUAGUAGGGGGAAAAUAAAGAUGAAGAAUAAAGUAAAACUAUUAAUGUUAAUCCAAUGGUUCCGAUGCAAGCUGUAAGAUUUUUAACACAACUUGAGCAGCAUUUCGUCUUAUUUUUAUAUUAAAAAAUUUGAUCUUUAAAUCUGAUGCUGUAUUGCACAGUAGAUAUCCGUACACCAGGACACUCGUGAAAUUGCCUUAAUUCAGUUUAGUGGACACACAACUUUGCAGCAUGGGAUAAGUGUACAUACUGUAUAGCCGCUGUAUUCUUACUGUACGUACUCUAGUGUCUUCUUCCUGCCUGACAUAACGGAGGGGGUGUCUGGGAAAGAGGGAAAGUCUCUUCUAUGAUGGGGAACUUUAUGUGUGCGAAUAUUUCCAUUAUGAUGACAUUUUAUUCCAGUCAAUUUGUACACAACAUAACGAUAGAAAGCCGACACACAACAGGGGGCAUCAUUUGCAUUUGUCUUUCAGACCUGCCAACCGUGUAGAAAUGUUAUGAUUGGCAUAAAAUGCAUAUUAGUAACUAAUAUGCAUUUUUUUAUUUUGUAGAAAGGCUAAACGAAACAUAUUUAACGAUACAUAUUUAAAGAGAAAGGUUUGUGUUAUUAUUAGAUAUUAAUAUCAACAUUUCAGCUCUUUCUAGUUACAUCAUGGCUUCUGCGCUCUUUUUCCCCAUUAUUUUUUUGGCCAAUUUUAUUUCUACAAUGUGCCACGAGCUAAGAAAAAACGAGCCACGGGCCGCAAAUGCCUUUACGCUGACAUCAACUUUGUGAGCAACCACAGCUCUCGUUGAUUUUUUUUAGCUUGUCAGCUUCCACGAUGCGAGGAGGAGAGUGUUAUUGCGACUGGAACUAAUCGCACAACUUGAAGAUAUUUUUUUGGAGGUGCACCUCAUGCUACAUGCAGAGGCCGAAGGCUUCGUUACGCUCACUGUUUGCUCAGCGGCGCCGGCUGGCUGCGUACCUGAGAGCAUCGAAGCCUACAAGUGUAUUCAAGAGUAUGCCCUGUAUUAAAAAUGCGUACAUGUUGGCAGGUCUGGUCUUUCAUGCAUUGUACAAGUGCUACUAAAAACACAAAUGCAACCCAAAUUGCAACUGAGUGUAUCCAAUUAGGCUUUCUACAUAAAAGUCUUAUUCCCACUUGAUAUAAUAACGUUAUCAUAUUUUUAAAAGGAUUAUCAUUAUUUUGGUUGUAAGCUCUUAUUUUCUUUUUGAACGUAGGACCUUUGUAUCAUUACAGAUGCAGAAAUGUGCUUCCAUAGGUAAAGCAAAUUUGUCCCCAAAAUGAUUUCAGUAACUUUUCCCUGCUUGAUUCCACCCAAGACAGGAAGGGCGUCCGAAAUCUCCAAAAACAUUUUUUUUUGUGGAAUGUCAUGUUUCUACCUCUCCCAAUUUUGAAAACACUGGCUUAUGCCAAGUUUAAAUAAGUUGAAACUGCAUCUGUUAAAUGUCAAAACUGUUUCUUUAGUCAUGUUUAUUUGGCCUGAGUGUAUGUACUGUAAACCACUGCACAAAAUAAAUGAAAGAUUAUACGGUAUUUUUGUUGAGGUGAUGUAUAGAAAGAGACAUACAGUAGAUGCAUCUUUACACAAAUCUUAUACCAAUACGACUGUUUUCUAUUCUGUUGAUAUUAUAUUGGUGGAUGCGUUGACACCCGGUCGAGGAGGCUGAAGUGCUUUCUGUCCAGUCCUACCUCCAAAACUGCCCCAGUAACAACAGGCCUGAAUGUCCACGUCUGUCUGAUGCAUGAUUAUAUAUUUUUGAUGUAUUUAUUUAAUAAAGAUGAGUGUUGGGAAAUACAGUGGAGAGAUCCAGGUGUUUUAUUUUUGAGAAAUGAUGAUUAAUGACAAAAUUCUCCUAUUUCCUGAGCUAGAUAAAGUCCUUAAAAUCCU